CGUGGAGAUAACAGAGACAGGCACUCACAGGGCAGAAUUUUCUGUCCAUUCCAUCCCUAAUGACAGAGCAACUAAUAACCCAGGACACCCAUGGACUUAAAACCAUGGUUUAGAACUAGUUUACUGUAAACAGAUAAUAUAUAUAUAUAUAUAUAUAUCUAUCUCACAAGCAUUGCAGCAUCCCCACCGUUGGAUUUGAAUUUUUUUAUUUAUCACUCUUCCCAACCUGUAGCAGGCGGACAAGUUCCACAAAAUUGUAUAAAAUACUCAAUAAAAAAGGGUCACCAUCAUCUUACUUUACCAUUAUAACCUAAUCUCCUAAUCCACAGUCCCACUGUUUCCAUCUAAAAUUUCAGAUCUUACCUAAGUAAUACGAUAAAAUUUCAAAUUUCAAGCUCCCCAGAGUUUGUCUUCAACAGGUCUUUCUAGGAUUUGGGUCUCCGUAGGUUAAUUCUUUUUAGGGUAGUAGAAACUUUGUGGUUUCUUCAUGAAGAUAACUAUGGUUCUAUUAUUAUUGUAAACCAAACAAGACUUUGUUAGUACUGCUAGUAUAUUAUUAAAUAUAUAUACAUAUAUAUAUAUAUAUAUAGGGAAGGAAGCAGAACAACCAUCUAUAUCUACUAGUACUAGUUAAUUUAAAUUCUUAAUCAAACCAAAAAUCUUUUACCUUUGUUGAGUUUGGGUCUAAAAAUGUCUCAACAACAGCAGCAGAGUGAGAGUACAAAUGGGCAGUGCACCAACAUGCCUCGCUAUCCCUCACCAACCGCCAAGUACGAGGAUGUUGCUCGAAGCUCUGACCUUUUCUGGGAAAAGCUCAAAGCUUUUCACAAAUCUCUCGGCAAAAAAUUCAAGGUUCCAGUUGUUGGAGGAAAGGCUCUGGAUCUGCAUCAACUCUUUGUGGAGGUCACAUCUCGUGGAGGUCUUGAAAAGGUAAUAAAAGAUCGCAGAUGGAAGGAAGUGAUUGUGGUCUUCAGAUUUCCAACAACUAUUACAAGUGCUUCAUUUGUUUUAAGGAAGUAUUACUUAUCAUUGCUAUAUCACUUUGAGCAAGUCUAUUACUUCCACAAACAAGUUUCUUCGGUCUCAACCCCUGGAACUGCCAGUGGGAGCCUUGUGAAUGCAUCUGCUAACACAAAGGGAGGUGCUUCUGCAAACCAAUUAACAGCUCAGGGAACUCCAGAGUUGCAGAUUGGCAGUUCUGUGACAGGGACCAUUGAUGGCAAAUUUGAUAAUGGCUAUCUGGUUACGGUUAGGUUGGGCUCUGAUCAAUUUAAAGGCGUCCUGUAUCAUAUCCCCCAAAUGCUUCAAUUGUCUCAGAGUUCAAAUACUUCAGAUGUAUCUCCUCACCGCCACCGGAAGAGAUCCCGGUUAGCUUUACGGGACCCUUCCAAGCCAAAGUCAAACAGGAGUGGUUAUAAUUUUUUCUUUGCUGAGCAUUAUGCCCAGCUCAAACCUAUGUACCAUGGGCAGGAGAAAGCCAUCAGUAAGAGGAUUGGGCACCUAUGGAGCAAUCUGACGGAGGCUGAGAAACAGGUUUAUCAGGAGAAAGGGAUGAAGGACAAGGAGAGAUACAGAACUGAAAUGUUGGAAUACAAAUCUUCUUACGACUCUACACCUCAAUAGCCUCCAAGGAGUUGGUUGUUGGGAACUCAACGACAGGGUGUCAACCCUCCCUUGAUGUUUGUUGUUGUUUUUAACUUUUCCCUUUUCUUCCAUUUGCUUGAUGAAGAUUAUCUGAACCCUGCCCAUUGCAGAAACUUUGGGUGAUCGGAUGGCAGAGUUUUGUAACAUGUCCUAUAUAUAUAUAUGUAUUAAUCAAUCAAAAAUGCUAGCAGCGUAGAACGGUAUUGAAUCCAAA